UACUGCACUAGUUCACCAGUGCAGGAACAGAAAACAAACCUCAAGUUAGCGGUCUAGUUCUCAUAUAGAUGUCUGUAUUGCUAACUUUAUUAGGCGGCAAACGUAUGUAUGCAUGUAUCUCCCCGCCGCGUUACAGAGCUAAGAGAGAGAGAGAGAGAGAGAGAGAGAGAUAGAUAGAGAGACUACGAGUCGCUGACCAAUUAAUCGAAACCUCCGAACAACCGGCCCUCGCACUCACACGCGCGCCCGAUAUACACACGUACGCGCGCCCUCGUACGAUCGCGGGGCCUCUUCUUUGUAUUGACCCACCCACACGCCGUCGAGCCUGCGGGAGAGCGUUCGUCUCAGAUUGCUCUCAACCUUCGCGGCCCCGCGGUCGCCGCGCGCGCACGCGAGAUCGGAUCCGGGCGAGCCGCGAGACAAAGAGGCCGGAGCGGAGCCGAGGGCGGAAUUAAAGAGUGCCGCGAGUCGCCGGCGGAUCGAUGAUGGUGCGGCGCGCAUCGCGCCUCCGUGCAACGCGAGGCCGUCGCGAGCGCGCAGCGCCCUGAAAAGAAACGAGGGGUGGCCGAGAAGGCGGAAGGCGCCCCGCGCCAGCGUUCGGCGGAGGAGCCUGCGUCCCGUUCGCGUUCCCACUGGGCGUCACUGUCGGGGCCACUGCCAGAGCGGCAUUCUGGGGGGGGCCCCCGCGUCGGAGGUUGAGAACCCCGCUCCGGAUAAUCUAAUCGCAGGUGAACAUUUUGUCGUCGGCACGAUGACUUCGGGUUACUUCACUCUGCCGAUUAAUAUGGACAGGGUGUGCAGGAUCUGUCUCACCGAGGGCACCAAUUUGUCGUCGAUCUUCUCCGCCACUCAGGAAGUGAACGAUCUCACGGUCCUCUCGCAGAAGAUACAAGUUUGCGGCUCCAUCGAGAUACACGAGCAGGACGGGCUGCCCUCCCUGAUAUGCGACGUCUGCAUUUACAAGGCCAGCGUCGCCCACGAGUUCAGGCAGCAGUGCCAACACUCGGACGCGAGGCUGCGCAUGUACUACAACAAGCCCGCUAAAUGUGUCAAGUCCGACGCGGAUCUCCAGGAUUCGUACACGCAGACGGACCUGCAAACGAAAUUUGUCUUCUCGAAAAAGUCGGACCACUUCCAGGAGGAUUACACCUUCGCGAAGGAGGACAUGCAGGUGGUUGCGAGCGCGCAAGAGUACAUUGAAGCCGCCGACUCGUUCCCCAGGAGCGAAGUCGGCCUGAACGCCAGUCAGAUUCAAAUGUCGGACGAAAAGCUGUUCAUCUGCUCCAUCGGAUUCGAAGGUGGUAAAGAGGAGGGGAAGGAUUCCUGCAUGUCGGAGAACGAGGUCCACCAGAUGACGAUAACGCAGGGAGACGUGCAAGAUGCGUCUAACAUGAUCGGCUUGCAAAGCAAGGAGGACGGCGUCAAGGAGGCCGAUCACUACGCGGAGAAGAACAGUGCGGAUCAGGAGGAGCAGCAGCAGCAGCAGUUCGUCAGCGAGAGCCUACCUAACGAUAACGUGGAAGAGGAGGAGAGCGUGCCGCAGAAACGUACGUCCGCGAGGAAGACUAAAUCGGCAGCCGCGAAAACGUACAGCGACGACGAGAUCGCCGACAAUUAUUACGAGCCGAGCAGCGACAGUCAGGAUUCCACGGUGUCGAAGUUUAAAUGUAAAGUCUGCUCCAAGCAAUACGCCACGCAGAAGGGUCUGAAGAAGCACUCGUUGGUACACGAGAAGAAGUACAAGUGCGACGUCUGCAUGAAAAUGUUUUACAAACAGGAGAACAUGGAGAACCAUCAGAAGAUUCACGCGUCGAAGCCGCACGCGUGCCAGCUCUGCCACGCGUCCUUCUCCAAGUCUCAAAGUCUCGUGAGACACUUGAAGUCGCACACGGAGAAGGUGAACGAUAUGAUCAAGCAGAUCAACACGAGCGAGCGCAAGGACGGCAAGGAGCCGAAGAAGGAGCUCAAGAGCGAGGACGACACCGACGACGAGACCGGGCCCGCCAACGAAGCGGACGAAUUCGAGAACGCGCCCGAGUUGUACAAAUGCGAGAUUUGCAACCAAUAUUGCUCGUCCUUGAAGAACCUGAGGAGACACGCCCUCGUGCACGGCGACAAGAAGUACUCCUGCACCGUGUGUAAGAAGUGGUUUUUCAGGCCGGACACGUUGAAGAAACACGCGGAGAAGCACGGGCACGGGCUGCUGGACAAUCUGAUGGACGACAACAAGCUGUACGAUUCGGACGACGACGACAUGCCGGGCAACACGAUGGAUCCCCCGCCGGAGAGCGAGAACGUCAAGAAGGAGGAGAGCGACGAGGAGGGAUCCGGGGAGUACAAGUGCCAGCACUGCGACAAGGUCAUGGCCACCAAGAAGGGCCUGCGACGGCACGUGUCGAUGCACAAGCCGAAGGCCGAGCCAGUCACCUGCGAGAUCUGCAGGAAGGUCUGCGCCAGCCAGGCGCGUCUCGUUCUCCAUCAGAGGACGCACAAGCCGAAGGAGAAGGUGCCGCGCGAAUACCUGUGCCACAUCUGCAGCAAGGUGUACCCCAGCAACUCGUCCCUCACCUAUCACAUGCGGACCCACACCGGCGUCAAGCCGCACGUGUGCAAGACCUGCAACAGCGGCUUCACGACCACGACGAGCCUGGCGAACCACAUUCGCAUUCAUACGGGCGACAAGCCGUUCGUCUGUCACGUGUGUAGCGCCGCGUUCGCCGUGAGCUCGGCCUUCCGCAGGCACCUGACCCGGCACACCGGCGAGGCCAACUACCUGUGCAAGACCUGCGGCAAGGCCUUCAAGAGGCUCAGCACGCUCAAGGAGCACACGUACACCCAUUCCGGCGAGAAGCCGUACGUGUGCAAGACGUGCGGCGCCGCGUACAGCCACAGCGGCAGCCUGUUCGCGCACCAGAAACGCUGCCGCGCCCAGUACGGCGAGAUGAUCGUCGACGACCACAAUCAUCAUCACAUACCGCACACGGUCACUCACAUCCACGUGAAUAUGAACAACGUCAACAACGGGGCGGGGGUGCGACCGGUCGCUGUGGUGGGCCAGAUGUUCUAAGAACGACGAAGCCGCUGUCCGCGAGUGUCCGCGACGUAGCUGUAGAUCCUGUGCGCGAAAUGCGCGCAACACGAGCUACGCGGCAACCUUUGUAAAUAUACGCAGCUGUUUUUUGUUUUUCAUAAUGGAAAACGUUCCUUGGACAUAGACACGGCGCUCGAGACGCUUUGCUUUUCAAAGACACGUAAAUGAGUAUCCGUGAUGUAACAGAAUUAAGUGUACUCGUAUUUACACGAGAAAACAGUUUUUAAAAUGAUAUAAUUACUAUUAUUAAAAUUGUGAGCUAUUUUUUUAUUAUUUGAUAUCGUAGGUAUGAAUAUUUGUGGACAGAAUCCACAAAUCUGACAUGUGUACAUAUAUACAUGUAUAUAUACAUAUAUUUUUAUAUGUUUCAUAUAAUCCAGAUCUUGUUGUACCACAUAUUACAUGAUAAUUGUUUAUUGUGUUAUUUUAGGAGGGAAAUGAUUGACUAUCUUCAUAUACCCAGUUAGCAAAAUGUUAGCAGAUUGGCGUCAGAUUGGCAGUAGAUUCAUCAGAAACCCACACCAAAACCAUAGCCAUCUGUGUCUGCAUUUGGCGUUUGGAUAGCCAAGUCCCGUUUCUUUCCCUCAUCAGUCCAGAGUCAUUAUCUGAUUGUUCAUCAGAGUGAUUGAAGAAUGAAAUUAGUAAAUUAACAGAGAAUUAAAAAGACAGAUAACUCGCGAAGUUAAUGAAAGCGAACUGCGACUGUAUUUGAAAAUACACUAGAAGCGCAUAUCCUCUAGCUUUUCUCAGACUUAAAAAUUCCGACAAAUGAUUACAAAACAUGUCAGAAGGGCAAUGCGUUUAUUAUUGUUUGAUUUUUAGAGUACACACCUGAAAACUUUUUGGUAGCUAAUGUACGAGUAUGGUAGCGCUAGAAAUGUAAUAUCAGGUAUACAAUUUCUGGGCUGUGACUGUACAUGAUAACCGAAUGAAAGAAGUCUAUACGAUUUACUCAUUUAAUAAACUUAAUUGACAUAUAUUCCAUCACCAAAAUACGUCAUGAUUAAAUGAAUGAUAAUCAUAUUCAUGCUAUGAAAACAUUUAUAAGAAUCACUUACAAUUAGAUUAUAUGAUGAGUCAGCGUUAUUACGCGAAGAAACGUGCGAUAUUUUUUAAUUGUUAAACAUGAAAAUCGUAACGUUACAUAGUAUAUAUUAGGUAUAUGAUAUGGAUAUAUUCUUGCAGUUGAGAAGUAUUGUAUUUCAAAGUAAUAAUCGGAAUGAUUUAUUUAAUAUUAUUCGUUGAUUAGUAAAAACACUCUUAUUGGCAAAUCAAAUUUCAAGCGUUAGAAUGUAGAUUAAUUUUUAUCAUUUUUAACAUGAAACGGCGAAAACUACGAUAUUGUAAAUUGAACAAAAGUAAGUGAGGAAUGUACAAAUAUACAUAUAAAUAAUAUUAGUUACAUUAUAUACACACAUCUAUAUAUAUAAUAACAGACUAUAGGCGAGACUGAUCAUCAUUCAUUUAAAUAUUUAAUGAUAAAAAGUUUGUAAAUCUUAUUCUCCUGAAUGCUGAAUGAAGUAAAGUUUGUAUUUUAAAAUCUUA